UAAACAAGAGGCGAAACAACUUAGAUAUGAACACCAAUCCCUAGAGCACCAGACGAACCACCACGUGACCUCCAGUCCAGCGAGUUUUCUGUUUUUCUUCUUUCACGUCCGAGCUCGAAGAAUUCGCCCGGUUCACUUGCACGCAGAGGAAACUGGCUCAAACGGACCAGCCUCUUCGACAUGGAUAAGCUGUUCGAAUCCCUGAAAGGGGUCCUCAAAUUCAAAGGGGUCGUAACAGACAACCACGUUUUCAGAUUGCACUAUAAAGUGACGCUUCCUAUACUAGUGGCUUUCAGUCUGUUGGUCACAAGUCGGCAAUACAUAGGAGAUCCUAUAAGCUGCAUUUCUAAAGAUGAUAUUCCUACGAAAGUAUUGGACACGUUCUGUUGGAUUCACUCUACUUUCAGUCUUGAAACUGCUUGGCUCAAAAAAGUUGGGGUGGAGAUACCGUAUCCAGGUGUAGACAAAUACACACCCGAGGAUAAAAGGACUUACCAUGCUUACUAUCAGUGGGUCUGUUUUGUGCUGUUUCUUCAAGCCCUCUUGUUUUACCUCCCUCGUUACUUCUGGAAGUGCAUGGAGGCAGGAAGAAUCAAAGCGAUGAUCUUGGAUCUCAACAAUCCAGUGCUGAACGAAUCAAAACGGGAAGCCAAUCUGAGAUUAUUGGUGGAUUAUGUGAUCGCUAAUUUUAAUCACAAUGAUAGCUAUUGUGGAUAUUAUGCUUUCUCAGAAAUUAUGAAUGCCGUGAAUGUUAUUGGGCAGAUGUAUUUGAUGGAUACCUUUCUGGGAGGAGCGUUUUCAUCUUAUGGUACCCAGGUGUGGAAGUUCACCGAAUGGGAUUGGUCAGUCAGGUAUGAUCCUAUGAUCCGUGUUUUCCCAAGGUUGGCCAAAUGUACUUUCCAUCGCUAUGGUUCUUCUGGAGAUGUACAGCGACAUGAUGCCAUGUGUAUACUUCCCAUCAACAUCAUCAAUGAGAAGAUCUAUGUGUUUCUGUGGUUUUGGUUUGUGAUGUUAUCUGUGGUGUCGUGCAUUGCUGUUGCUUACAGAAUCUUGCUGUAUGUAUCUCCUGAGGCCCGUAUGCGUGCCCUUAAACCGAGAGCAAGUCUGGCCAGGGAAGAGCACUUGGCGAUUGUGCUGAACAAAUGCAAAGUAGGAGAUUGGUUUAUUAUUAGUAUGUUGGCCAAAAAUUUGCAUUGUAUAAACUUCAGGGAUUUUAUGUCUAAUUUGUCUCGACGACUGGAAGGUAAAGAUUACAGUGAUACGUCUGAAGCAUAAAUUUAAAAAAAUAGAGAGAAAUGCUAUGAAAACUGCCUUUUUUUUAUUUCAUUUAAAUCAUUUUUAAUUUCUUAUGUGUUUUGUAAUUGAUCGUUUGUGGUGCCUACUUUUUAGAUGUUUUUUUUAAAUAAAUUCUUCUUUUUUACUAUCAUUUUGGACAGUUCCUAGUUGUGUUUAUUAAGAAAUGAGAUAUUGUGUCCAUCUUUUAAUUCAUAUGAUCAUAGGGAAGAUUAUAUCUUUUUUUAAAAGAAUCAUUUUGAAUAGUGCCAUAUCAUUUUCAAUGAAAUAUGUUUAAUUUUUCAUUUUCAUCAUAUUGCAUUUUGAUUACCAUAUUUUUCAUAGUGCAAUCAGCUAUCAUGUACGCACGU